GCCGCGCUACAGUUACAUGCUGAUUUGGCCUGUGGGCUUGGUGUCUGUUCUUGUGAUAGGUCGCUUGUCUCCGUGAGCUCUCUAGGAUGUCCGAACGGUCACUUUCGAUGGUAUACUAGCGUCCAUCGGGGCCCUGCCGGCAGCCGGGUCUGAGGAGUAACGCUACCUUGAGAAAUGGCGCCUUACACUGUAUCAUCGGACCAGCUCAGCGCGUUAAUCGUCUUCCUCACAGACCCGCUAGAUUGCACACCUGGGGGAUCCGCGGACCGCUAUGCGUCGGCGGUGGCCACGUGGUGGGCAGGACCGGCGGGGGCGAGUUUCAUAAGGGGGGGAGGCGUUGCCAACAUCCUGUGCCGCGUCAAGCCCCGGCCCGGAGCGGUGCUUGGGUUCCUUGGGCUCCUCGCUCUAUUCCUGAUUAUCUUGAUACGCAACGUGUUUAUCAAGCUCUUUCGGUGGUACGCCGCCGCCCGCGGCAGUGGCUACGUGGCUGUUGCCACUCAGGCGCUGAGGGAGCUGCACGCCAGCGGCGCCUUCCUCACCAGCUCAGCUUCAUGGCAACAGCAGCAGCCGCUGGUGCCGGAGCAGCAGCAGUCGCUGGAGCAGGAGGGCGAGGGUGGGGCCUGCGUGCCGGGCCUGGCGCUACUGACGGGUUCAGACCUCAGGGUAGGCACUGGUACCAGCGCACCAGCACCACUGCUUAGCGGUACACACGCGCCCCGACCCGCCGCCGCGCACCGCUGGUACACUCCCUCCUCCAUAUCCUCGCCGGUGGUGUGCGCCGCCUGCUUCCAGCCCGUGGUGGGCGCACAGGGCGGCCAGGAGCAGGCGCAGUGCUGUGAGCUGUGCGGCGUGGUUGCUCACGGCGGCUGUUUCAAAGCCGUGCCGCACAACUGCCGGCUGCUGACCUUGGGGCCGCCCGCGCAGCCGGCUGGCAGCACGGCGUCGGCCUCCGCCUGGUCCGGGGGCGGGGCCGGUGCUGACGGGCACAGGGCCAAGGGCGAGGCGGAGGGCGGCGCUCACUCGGCGGUGUGUGGCUCUGAUCUGUUCCUGGCCAUGUCGCUGCCACUGCCACUACCGCUGCCACACGACUGGCGGCCGGCGGGCACCACACUGGACCUCAUAUUGCCGCCCGCGGACACGGAGCUGCUGGUCAUGGCCAACAACGCCGCCGGGGUGGCGCAGGCGGGGGCCGCAGCCGCAGGGUUGAUCUCCGCGGCGGGGGCGGCGGCCGCCUCCACCUCCCACGGCCCCUCCUGCCUUUGCAUUUACUGCGGGGAGCCGUGUGAGGUGGGCCUGCUGGCGGUGGAGCCGGUGUGGCGGUGCAGCGGCUGCAGGCGCUUUGCGCACGUGCAAUGCUGGAGCACGCUGCACCCGGGCAUCCUGUCCGCGGCCACACGUGCGGCACUGGCGGGGCAGUCGCUGGACGCCGACGACGUGCUGGCGUCCCCACGCCCCGCAUCUAAAUGGGACGCCGCCGCCGCGUGGCACCAGCCUGCACCCUUGCCGUCAGCGGGCGGUGUUGCGGAUGGCGGACUGCUGCACGUCACGCACAGCGGCGGCCUGGGACCCGCGGGCGAGGGGGCUCUGGGUGUGCUGGCUGCGGGCGCCCGCUCCUCCGCCUCCCUGCGCAUGCUGGACUCACUGGGCAGCGCCAGUCCCGCGCGGUCGCCACCCGGCCGCGCGCAGCGCAGCAGGGGCGGAGCGGGUGGCGGGGCCGGCAGCCGGCGGACCAGUGCGGACCAGCAGCACCAGCACAACACGCUCGGCCACGCCCACACCCUGCCGCCGCCGUACAUGCCUCCCUUGGCGCAGUCCAUGGCGCUGCCUGGCGGCGGCGGCACUGGGCACCUGCAACCCAGCAGCCACCACCUGGGCCUCUCCGGCAGCGCCCUCAACGGCGACCCACACCUCCACCAGCAACACAAGCAACUGCAGCAGCAGGGGCCUGCUGGCGGUUGGGUACAGGCGCACAGUUCACCGGGAGCGAUGUUGGGGGCUGGGGCAGGCGGCCUGGGCUGGGUUGCAGGCAGGGCCGGGGCCGGGGCAAGCGGGCAGUGGGACUCGGAGCGGCUGGCGGACCUGGACUGCUGCAGCCCGCAGUCUUCUCUGGGUGCGCUGGGAGCGAUGGUGCUGCCCCCCACAUCCGUACUACCGGUACAACCUGGAGGUGGCCGGGGGCCCUCCAACGGGGGUGAAAGCGCCGGACCAGGCCCGCACCGGACCGGGGUGGGGACAGACUUGGCCGCAGACUCAUCGCAUUCGACCCACCUCGUGCACGGGGCGGACGACGGGGCGCAUCAUGGUCCUGGCAGCGUGGACGGCGACAGCGGGGUGCCAGGGGCAGCCGGAGGAGCUACAGCACCGGCCGGCGGCGGCGGCGGCGGCACCUCCCGCAGUCGGAAGAAGCAGCUGGCGCGGGCGCUGCGACAGGCACAGAGGUGGUAUCGGAGCCACGCCGGUGUGUGGCAUCUGACGGCACCGGCGGACGCCGGCGCACCGGACCGGUGGCGUAACUUCCGCAUUGGGAUGCUGCCUCCGGGCUGCAAGCCAAUCCUGGUGUGCAUCAACCCCCGCUCCGGGCCACAGGUGGGCGAGCAGCUGCGGCGCCAGCUGCUGCAGCUGCUGCACCCGCUGCAGGUGGUGGACCUCAGCAGAGAGCUGCCGGGGCCGGCGCUGCGCUGCUGGUGGGGCGUGCCGGGCCUACGAGUGCUGGCGGUGGGCGGCGACGGCACGGUGGGCUGGGUGCUGGGUGAGAUGGAUGCGCUGGCCGAGCAGUUGGCGGCGGUGGCGUCGGCCGGCAGCAGGGGUCGGGGGGCGCAGCAGCGGGAUCGCCACUCGGGGGACGGAGGCGCGCUGGUCGCUGUGCCUGGGGGCACAGCCGCAGCUCACCCAGAAGGCGGGUUGCUGUCACACUCGUCCGAUGUGUUGGCGGCAGUGGAGGCUGGCAUGGGCCUGGGCAGUCGGGAGCCGCCGCCGCCGCCUCCGGUGGCAGUACUUCCUCUCGGAACAGGCAAUGACCUGGCCCGGGUGCUGGGCUGGGGCGGCGGGCUGGCGGCCCUGGACGCCCGCGGCGGUGUGGCGGCGGUGCUGGCCGAGGUGGCCAGUGCGGCCAGUGUGGCGCUGGACCGCUGGCGGCUGGCCAUCGCGCCCAGCCACCUGGAGGCCGCCAAACGAGGGCGGUCGUUCCUGCCCCGCCGCCGUGCACCUGCCGACGGGAAGAAGGCCGCACCGACGCAGGUCAAGGUGUUCAACAACUACCUGGGUGUGGGCAUUGACUCCUGGUGCUGCCUAGAGUUCCACAGGCUGCGGGAGCGCUACCCUGGCUGGUUCAAGUCUCAGCUGGGCAACAGGGCCUGGUACACGGGCGUGGGAGCGCGCGACCUUCUUGCCCGCUCAUGCGUGGACCUGCCGAAUCGACUGACGCUGGUGUGCGACGGUGUUGAGGUAGCCCUGCCGCCUAGCACGCAGGGAAUUCUGCUGCUGAACAUCGCUUCGUACAUGGGCGGUGUGGAUCUCUGGGGCAACGGCGUGUGGCGGCAACAGGACCACGCGCAAGAGCCGCACGUGCUGGAGCCAGCGGCCGCCGUGAGCCCCGACAACGCCAGCCGCCACCUGCACCGCGCCGCCACAACACCCGGCUACAGCACAUCAGUCGGCGGCGGCCCCGCACUGCCGUCUGCCGCCCCGGCGCCCAGCACGUCUGGCCACACCAGUGCCCGGGUGUCUGUCGACGGCCGCUUUUCGCAGCCGCAUUGCCGCGUCUCAGUGAACAACGGCCCUACGGCGGCUAUGGGCGCUUCUGCGUCGUCAGCAUCGUUGGCGGGGGCAGGGGCGGCAGGGCUGGUCAGCACUGCGACAGUGUUGCGGCGGCAGGCGGCGCUGGGCGAGGCGGCCGAGAGGGCCCAAUCCAGCAAUGACGGGGUGUUGGAGGUCAUCAUGAUUACCGGGGCGGUGCAGCUGGGGCAGCUCACGGUGGGGCUGGCUCGUGCGACGCGGCUGUGCCAGUGCCGCAGCGCCGUCAUCACCAGCCGCACGGAGCUGCCCAUGCAGGUGGACGGGGAGCCCUGGAUGCAGCCGCCCGCAGUCAUGGAGGUGGAGCUGAAGGGCAGCGCCACCAUGCUGCGGCGCCUGGACUUGAGCAACGCCACGCAGCGGCUGGCGGCGGUGGUGGCGGAGGUGCUGGACGCGGCGGCGGUGCGCGGGACCAUCAGCCUGGCGCAGCGCAUGGCGCUGGGGGCGGACAUGGGGCAGCGGCUGGGGGCGCCGCACCCGGUGUAGGAGGGGGCUCCACUUGGGGCAUUUGGAGAGAGCUGUUUUGACAUGCUACGUGAGGAUUUUGGUUUGCUUAUCAAAAACUCAAUAGGCGGCAGGGAGAAAUCAGCCGGCGUGAGAAGCGGCCUCGCGGGUUGACUGUCGCGAGGUUGCAGCGCGUGGCUGGACGCAUGGCGGGCCGUGCCUGUACGAACCGACCCCGGCAAUGUCCGGGAGAUGAGGUGGACGCUUGCGGCCUCAGGCUAGAGACAUGGCUUUUCCAAUGCGAGGGAACCACUAUCUUGUCACUUGUUACGUGAGGACGUAAACACUUGUGGUAGGACAUCACACUGAACCCGGUAAUCAAAAGGUGUGUCCGCAUGGUGGACUUGUGUUGCCGGUGGAUUGCGUGGAUGUGCGAUGGGACAGUGGUAAGGCAGGUUGGUGAAGUCCCGUAGGGUGCAGCUGAUUCCCAGAACCCAGCAGAUGGCAAACAGUUUGCAGCGGCAGGGCAGGCAGGGUUGCUUAGUACGCGACCCUCUCUCCAUAAUACGCGUAUUAAUACAGCGUACUAGGACUUCUAGUACAGUACGUAAAAUACGUUGCAUAAUACGCUGGGCCACGAAAUGCGGGGGAAGAGCCGGUGCAAACACGACACGCGUGCGCGCACCAUGCCCGAAUCGGUGUGAAUGUGGAUUUGCGCGGCCGUAGUCUUCUAGCGGAAGCUCCUUUAACUUAUUAUACUCAUAUUGUUGUAAGAAAACACAGCUGCAGGCGAUGGAUUGCGUGGAUGCAUCACGCAUGGGGUGCCUGACUGCACGGAGGCCACUAGACCUCACGUCUAAUUACAGUGUAACUGAGUACCGCACCGUAGUGUGUGGAACAGGGGACGUGCUCUCGCUCGGCUACUGGUACCCCCCACUCUCACAGUCACAGGUUAUUGUAACUCCCGGUUGGG